ACCAAUGAAACCCUCUUGAGAAACGAGUCGUUAGCCGGUCAUUGCAUCAGCCACCCCAUACAUUCCCUAGACUGGCCUCCGUAUAACCUCUCCACCCUCUUCCUCUUCCCCACCCAAGCAUCAGUGUGAGUAAGUGUUAUGUGUAGCCGUGGAGAGGCCGAACGGCGACUGUGCCUUCCCUGCAGGUGUUCACUGAGGCAGCGCAAUGCAGUGGAAAGAUCAUGAGUUCUGGGGUCAGACGGGCCUGGGUUUCAAUCCCAGCUCGGGCAUCUCAACACCUUGGGCAAGUCACAUUACCUCUCUGCUUCAUCCUCGGUUUCCUCAUCUGUGAAAUGGGCAUAAAGAAGCCUCCUAACUUUACCGUGGAGGAGACUAAGUACGAUACCAGAGGCAAAGCCCCCGGCACGUGGCAGAGCCCCGUUAAAAGUGGGGGCUUCUCGCCAUGGGGAAAGGGAAGAGGUAGGAGACGAUGCAGGGUCGGUGCCGGCAGGAGUGGGCAACAGACGGGGACGCCGGCGCUGGGAGGAAGGGGGCGAGGGGCGCCGUGCCAGCCUCCGCGCCCCUCGUGGUGCCAGAACCCGGCGGGCAGCGAGCCGGGCUCGGAGGAGGAUACUCCGGGCCCUCGCCUGCAGGCGGCUCCGGGAGGGCCAGGUCUUCCGGCACCGCCCCGGCCUCCCGCCCUCCCUCAUCCCCUCACUUACCGGCCCAGCCGGGCCCUUCAGCACCGCCGGCUCAGCCACGGACGGCCUCCUGGGCGUCCUUGGAAACUCCUUCCGGCCGGAACCUCUUCCGGCCAGGCUGCACCCUCAUUGGCUGUUCGCGCGGGGGCAGGACGGAGGCCGCGGGUGAUUGGUUGGAGGCCCCGGCACCAGCGGAACGCGACUGGGCUGCGGUGUGCCGGCGGGACUGCCUCCGGGAGGACCGAGCGCUUCCGGUAGUUUGUCCUCCAACGAUAGCAAGAAACUGUGUCUUCAAUGGCCUCAUUGGUGGCUUAUGAUGACUCAGAGUCAGAGGCUGAGACUGAACCUGCGGAAAGUUUUAAUGCUGCCGGCCAGGUGAAGGACACCUCUGAUGUGGUCAAACCUUGUGGGCAGGAUUUUGCAUCAGAGGCCCCAGGUGUGACAGAAGGGGCAGCACUGCCCACAAAGCACGGUUCUCAUGAAGACCCAGCUGGCCAUCGUCUCCCCCUGGUUAGGCUCUGGAGAAGUGACCCAGGAUCUUGCCCCAGCCAGAGGCUACAGUGGCCCAGAACAGAGCCUGAAGCCACCUUCCCCACAGGCAAGCCUCCUCGACCUUCCCUGUGGACCAGCCACGUUCCAGCUGGCCAUGUGCCCCUGGCAGCUGCCCGCUUUAAGCAGGUGAAACUCUCCUGGGGAACUUACGACUCCCCCAAGCCAUCGUCCUGUGCCCAAACCAAAUCUGAAACCCCAGGUAAAAAUGGCAAUUCUCUUCAGAGGAAAAGGUGUGAGGACUGUGUCGUGCCCUACACCCCCAAAAGAUUAAGACAGUCGCAGGCAUUAAGCACAGAAACAGGCGAGAGUAAAGAUAUGGAGGCACAGGGUCCCUCUGUGGGGCGUGCCCCGGCCCCUCUCUGUGUGGCCCCCAGAGUGUCCGAGUUUAUUGAGCCAUACUUGGACAGUCCGUAUCGAGAAACCACGAUUCCCAGGAAAGUGCUUUUCCACCUGAGAAGCCACAGGGGCCCCGUCAACAGCAUUCAGUGGUGUCCAGUCUUCGCCAAGAGUCACAUGCUUCUCUCAGCUUCCAUGGAUAAAACCUUCAAGGUGUGGAAUGCUGUGGACUCAGGCCGCUGCCUGCAGACCUACUGCCUGCACAGUGAGGCGGUGCGGGCCGCCCGGUGGUCUCCCUGUGGCCGGCGCAUCCUCAGCGGGGGCUUCGACUUCGCCCUACACCUCACGGACCUUGAAACAGGAACCCAGCUCUUCAGCGGUCAGAGUGACUUUAGAAUCACUACUUUGAAAUUUCACCCGAAAGACCACAGCCUUUUUGUGUGUGGAGGCUUCAACCCCGAAGUCAAAGCUUGGGAUAUAAGGACCGGCAAGGUGGUGAGAAGCUACAAGGCAACCAUCCAGCAGACCUUGGACAUCCUCUUCCUCCAGGAAGGCUCUGAGUUUCUGAGCAGCACGGACGCUUCGAGCCGGGACUCUGCUGACCGCACCAUUAUUGCCUGGGAUUUCCGGAGCUCUGCCAAAAUCUCCAACCAGAUUUUCCACGGCGCACUGCUUCUGGAGGCUCGGGGGGAGUCUGCCCCCUCUUCCUCACGCUGGCCUCUUCAGACCCCUGCCACUGUAUCUGUGAGUGUGAUCGGCCGCCUCCCUUUACAAGGACACACGAGAGAUACACCUGCCCCAGCCUCGCCUCGCAUCCGCGGGAGCCCGUGUUCCUGGCACAGACCAACGGCAACUACCUGGCCCUCUUUUCCGCCGUGUGGCCCUACCGGAUGAGCAGAAGGCGGCGCUACGAAGGACACAAGGUAGAAGGCUACUCAGUGGGCUGCGAGUGCUCCCCAGACGGUGACCUGCUGGUGACGGGCAGUGCCGACGGCCGAGUCCUGCUGUAC